GGCUUAUUCGCAGCUGGCCUCGCGCCCGCUUUUGCCGUCUGUGAGAGCGAGGGAAGCGGGCGAGCGCUUUCUCUCUCCCUCCCUGGGACUGGGGGAGCCACGCAAGCGGGGUCCCCUCUCCCCCUUGGCCUUUCACUCCGGCGCAGGUAGCCUUCGGGCUUCCCCGUCCGCCGGGUGAGUCAUUGAGGCGUGUGGAGGGAGAGGCGGGAGACGGAAGCAGCAGGAGCAGCGCCGCCAACGCCGCCUCCCUCCCUCGAGUCAAAAGCCGCCCUCUACGGCCGUCGGCGGGCGAGAGAGCCCUAUUCCUUUUUCCCUCCUCAAUGGGGGCAGAGCCGGAGGUUCCCGACGGCCCCCGAAAGGCCCUCGCCACCUGAGAGAUGCUGCCGGAGCCCACGGCGGAAAGGGCGAGGAAGAGGCGGCUUCAGCCCAGGAGCAGCAGCAGCAGCCAUUGUCUGCCAAGAUAUGAGACAUGAGUGUUGGACGCAGAAGAUUAAAGUUGCUGGGAAUUCUGAUGAUGGUCAACUUUUUCAUAUAUGUGAUAGUAGAAGUCUCAAAGAGCAGUGGCCAAGAGAAAAAUUCAAAAAGAAACGUUAUAUUACCAGAUAGCAGAUUUUGGAAAAAAUAUACUCCUCACAAGGCCUAUUGGAAUAAACAGCAGCAGAAACUGGAACGCUUGUACAAUCCUGUUCUUGCAUUUCUUUCCAACAUGACUGUGGAAGAAAGGUUAUCUUCUAAUGGUAGCUUUUCAAACUUCUGUGAACCUGAUCCGUUUGUAGCUUCAGAGCUUGAUGGUUUUCCAAACUUGCCAGAUCGGUUUAAAGAUUUCUUUCAUUACUUGAGGUGUAGAAAUUACUCUUUAUUGAUGGACCAACCAAACAAAUGCAAACAUAAACCUUUUCUGCUCCUGGCUAUCAAAUCGCUCAUCCCGCAUUUUGAUCGAAGACAAGCGAUCCGUGAAUCUUGGGGAAAAGAAAUGAAAUCUGGAGACAUGACUGUUGUGAGGGUGUUUCUGUUAGGCCUGACCCCUCCAGAGGAUCAUUAUCCUGACCUCUCGGAUAUGUUGAAAUUUGAGAGCGAAACCCACCAAGACAUUCUUCUGUGGAACUACAGAGACACUUUCUUCAAUUUGACUUUGAAAGAGGUACUGUUUUUGAAAUGGGUCAGUAGUACCUGUCCAGACGCCCAGUUUAUUUUUAAGGGAGAUGAUGAUGUUUUUGUGAAUACUCAUCAGAUCCUGGAUUACUUGAAAAGUUUGACCAAGGAAAAAGCCAAAGACUUGUUCAUAGGUGACGUUAUCAAAGAUGCUGGACCUCAUCGCGAUAAGAAAGUGAAGUACUACAUUCCUGAAAGUAUUUAUGAAGGCUCUUACCCUCCAUAUGCAGGAGGUGGUGGGUUUCUCUAUUCCGGUGAUCUAGCGUUAAGGUUAACCAACAUAUCUGACCAAGUCCUUCUCUAUCCUAUUGAUGAUGUAUAUAUUGGAAUGUGCCUUCAGAAACUUGGGCUUGCUCCAGAGAAACACAAAGGCUUUAAGACAUUUGAUAUUGAUGAGAAGCAAAGGAAUAAUAUUUGCUCAUACACAAACCUAAUGUUAGUCCACAGUAGGAAACCUCAAGAAAUGAUUAAGAUUUGGACAAACUUGCAGAAUCCACAUUUAAGUUGUUAAGUAUAUAUCUGUCCAAAAGAUGUUUCCAAACUUGAGUUUAAAUUUCUUGGCUUAAUUAUUAGUAUGCUGACUUCAUUCGGUGGCUUGUUUUCUAAACCAGAAGUUGCUUAAAAUAGUUUGUCCAGUACUACUUAAAGUGAGGCUUCCUCAAUACCAGAACACACACCAUGAGGAUAUGGCAUGGAAAUACUGUACUUACCUUUCAACUGUCACAUUCUCAGUGCUUUCACAUAAUAAAAUAUUGAAAAAUCAUAGCUUUCAGACAUUGUGAUUAACUAAUUAUUGAUUAAAUGAUUGGUUAUCCUGUGAGAUUGGUUAUAUUGUUUUCUAGUGCUAGUAACCAAUUGUGAUAGUAGAAUCAACACACUGAUUUGUUUGCUUUCAUUGUCUUGAAGACACUGUUGUUACUCAAAAUUCUGGAAAGUAACAUCAUAAAAAACAUGAUAAAUCAUUACUGGAAGAUUUUUUUAAAGCAGUAUUUGGUUAAAUAUGGUGGAGACAAUUAUGCCGUCUACAUAUGACAGUGCAUUUGGAAGUCCAGAUGAGCCAUGUAUCUGUUGCUGAGAAGUUAUAAAACUUAAAGCUUGAAUUGUGAUUUUGGAGGUAUUUUUUUCUUUCACUGAUGGAUUCACUAUUGGACAAACCUUUUAGCCUUUUAAACAGGCACCAGAGUUGCACAGUCUCUUAUUUAAAUGUUAGGCUUAACAUUUGUCUGUUGCUGUGUUUUCUAGUGAUUUUUUAAUGGCAACGUGACACAAUUUAACACACGAAGAAUUGCUAAUUCUUUCAGAAAUCAUUUUGGCCUGUUCUAGAGGCUAAGAUUGCAGCCUCAUGAAAAUGUGAUUAUUCAACUCUGUACUUUUAAAGUGAAGCCUAAAAUGUCAGAGAAAAACACUGUUGAUUCCUACCUGCCAUAUCUUCAUUUGUGUUACAUCAAACAAUUAUUCAAACCAGUGACUGUCAUUAUAUAUGUAGAAGUGCCUGUAUUUAUUGUUCAGAUUGAAGACCAAAACACUUUCUUAAAUAUAUUUAAGAAAUAUUUGUAUAGUGUUGUCAGUCAUAUUUAAAUAAAGUACACUAUUUUAAAUGUGUUGAAAAUAUAAAUUGUUAAAUAAAAUGGUUUUUCAAUUUGAAAA